AUGACAGAAGUCGGUGGAGUCUGUGUCCCACAAGCAAUAGCCCCACUCUUCUCGAUGCCUCAAUCAACAAUCGAUGAUAUUCAAAACACAACAUCUCCUACUUCGAUUCGUUCCCAGCCGUUUUCAUACUCGAAACCUACUCCGGGUGGACCGAAACUUCAUCAGAGAAUCAAGUGUCCAAGGGUAGUUCCACUAACAUUCUGGUCAUCGUUUGAAGACGAAGAGGAUCUCGACGUCCCGUUACCCGAACCGGAAAUGCCACAAACUGUACAUCUUCAGUACAACUCGCCGAUGGGAUUGUAUUCCAAAGAGGCAGCUGUUGAACAAUUCCAACAGCAAAUUGGCGAGACUCCACAAGACUUGCCAGCUCAGGAUAAACAUUUCGAUCCCUCUAAAAGUGCAACUCUCAAGUACUUGAAGGAAGGCGAACGAGAGAAUUUUGGCGAAAACUUUUUCGAAAAGGUUGCUCAAGCCGAGGCUCCACGCGUCCCUUAUCAAUCGGAGCCAACUUGGGCACGAACUGCAAGAGAAAAAAGCGAACGAGCUCGCAGUAAGACUCCAGCUGAUCCACACCAAGCAUACCGUCCAAACAGCUCUCCAGCACCUUCAAAUCACCCGGUUCAUGCUGAAAAUGCACGUGAACACGCUGAGAAGAGUCGAGUGUUCACUCAUAAUAUCAAUGAACCAUUCGGAAGAACUUACUGGGAAGCCAGCAACACUCUUCCAAGAUACCGUAGAAGCCACUCUGCUGGACAUGAGCUUUCGAAUCGUGGAUAUGAAUUAGGAGGAAUAGAUUACACUGGAGGAGUUCAUAUUGAUCAUGGAACUGAUUAUCAGUACUAUGAAGAACCACCAAGAAAACCACAACCACCAAAGCUCCCACCUGGUUAUGAGUUGGGUGGAACUGAUUUCUAUCGAGGACAUGUUUCUGGAGAUGCCAACUACCGUGGACAUGGACCAGAUCCACCAAGACUUCGUCCAAAGUACACUGCAGAUGCACAUGAUCCAUGCAAUGUUGCAAUUGCUCCGAAUCUAGAAGGGGUCGACGCAAAUCUUCUUGUUGGAGACACCCUUUCUAACCAAAAGAUCCGUCACGAAGUCCGUCAUAUCGACCAAACAAAAUUCGGAACUUCAUUCGGUCCAACUCAAGGAUUCACUCACGAUCAUCACACUGCUCAACGCUACGUGGAACCACCAAAACCAGUUGUCUACUCUCUUUCAGCCAAUAAAUCAUUGGCUCGAUCUUCAUCUGUUCCACGUGGAUCUGCUCCACCAGAGCAACGUGACGUUUGGAAUGUGCAACAAGCAGAAGUUGACAAGGAGACCUACAUCACCGAGCCAAACUGGCGUCGCAACGUGGAUCAACGUCGUCUUGCAUGGGAACGUCGUGCUUUUGAAACUGAGCAGCGUUUGAGCCGUCCGUAUUCUGAGAAGGUGGCGCCUGGCGUGCCUCCAUCCUGGCAUGCUGAGGCACAACACAAGCAUCAACAGUGGCAGCAGCAGGCGGAUAAUAUGAACACUCAAAACUACACCUACUCAACCACUGGUUAUCAACCAUCUCAACCAGCCGGUGGACAACAAUCUUACAAUGAGACAAGACAAUACUCAUCCAAUACCACCUCGAACUAUCCAUCCCAAACGCAACAAUAUCAACAACAACAUCAAUAUCAAUCGGAUCAUUCGAAUGCUCAACGUCUCUUGAACUCUGGUUACAACACCAACCAAGUUGACUAUGUGCUCUCUCAUAAGGACAAGUACAACGAGGGACCACAUUACCAACCACCAAUCAUCAACUCCUCGGCUACCGCUGCCAACAACUCAUCCUCUUCUUCCAAUCAAUACCAUACUUCUUCUCAAGCAAUUCCAUUGGGAGGACCAAAUCAAGGACACUCUUCAUCCUAUACAACUGAGACAAGAGUUGUUGGAGGAGGGGCUGGAGGAGCUCCAGUGAGCAACAACUACAGUAACCAGAACUACUCGUCGUCGGCUUACAACUCAUCGUCGUCUCAACAACAGACCAAGACUAUCCCGGUUCAGAAUUAUCAGAAUACUCAAAAAUCGUUCAAUGAGACGACUGAAAAGUUUCAUCGUGACUUGGCAUCACCACUUUCUAGAACAGUUCCAGUCCAAACUGCUGGUCAUUUUUCCGAGGUUUCUAAGGUUUUCAAUUCGGAAGAGGAGGAGAACUAUCAAGUUUCUCAACCUAUUCCACUUCCAUCAGCUGAUCAGUUCCUUGAGGUGGUUACAAGCUCCAACUACAACAAGAGCUACUCAAGCCAGACUACCACUCAACAUCAGCCACAACCAGUUGCUGCGAAUAACAACUAUUCGACUAGCUACCAUACUGAGAGAUCUUCUACGACCACCAACCAACAACCACAGGCAAUUGCUCUCCCACCACCACAAAACCUCUCUACCAGCUACCAUACAGAGACUCAUAGCUCAACUGGACCAGUCAUGAUGCACUCGCCAGGAGGUCACUCCAUCAAGAGCACCGAGUUCUCAUCUAGCCGUCAUCACAAGCAAGAAACGACGACUACCACGACAACUGCUCCUGCUCCACAACCAGUAUUCCAUACAACGACUCUUCCAUUGACCAAGACCACUUCUUAUAAUUAUUCAUCGAGCACCGUUCCAUCCCAACCAGCGAAACCAUCAUUCAACCAGGAGAGUUAUACUUCUCACACUGAGAGAAACAACUCUUCUCAAGGAUUCCCACAACAGAGACUUCAACCAUCUGGAGGAUACUCUUAUGAGAAUUAUUCGAGCAGCAGAAAGGAGGAGAGCCGUCGAGAAGAAACCUCUCGCCCUGUCUCCCAAUUGUCUCAAUAUUCGGAAUCCCGCAAUUACAAGAGAAACUACGAAGAGAAGACCGAGACAACAACCGUUCCAAGCGCGGCUCCAGCUACCAAUGUUACCUACAAAGACCUUUCGAAUGCUCAAUCGGUUGAUGAUGUGUUCAAUAAGAAGACCGAGAUGAAUGAGUCUCUUCCAGUUGGAUCAGUUUUCAAUACUCAUAAUAAUACCGAGGGAGGUUACCGCGACGCGAACGGACACGACGUCUCUUACAAAAGAGAAACCCAAACUUCAGCUGAUCCAGGACGGGAAACUGCUCUUUUGAAGGAAGAAGAGAAGAGAGUUGUCGAGACUCCAUUGGAACCAGGAGUCAUCUCUCGUCACGUCACCACGAAGUACUAUAAGAAGAAGACUGUGACUGAUACCACUACAACCACUGCCUAA